AUGAGGAACCACGUCAGUGCUCUCUGCACAUUGCCCCUCUUGUUCGCAGCUGCGAUAUCCCAAUCGAUUCCUUACCAGCCUACGACGAUACUACUUCCCGAUUCCUCUGCAAGUAACCACGAUAUUGCAUAUGCAUUCCUGCCAGCUUCCGGGUCAACACAAUUUGUCUCACUCAACAUAUCAUCGACGCUCAAUCUCUCCAAUUUAACGCUCGAAACUCUUUCCUCGGAUCUGCCAUUCGUCACUGGUGAUACAGAUGCGUUUAUACCGUCUAUAUCCUCAGUUGGACAGAUAUCGGUAUAUACUGGGUCCUGCUUGACGAAUACUAGCUCGGCACUAUGGAGAUUUACACCCUCGAAUACGAGUACCAUCGGGAAUGGUACUUGGGCGACAGAGACCACAACCGCAGCUAGCGAUGUGACAUCUGCGGAUCUGCCAGGAGCUGACUUCCUCGCACGAGGAUUCAGCUUCUCGACACUGGUCGAGGCCAAUGCAUCCGAGACGAACAUAUACCUCUUUGGAGGUAUGUGUCCGUCGUCCACGGCUACAACUGCAACUUGGCAAUCUGCGGCUUCAUACUCGAAUCAUAUGCUGCGACUUGCACCAGAUGGUUCUCCAUCGACGACGGCUUCUUACACCCUCGAUGUAACUUCGAGCAGAGGACCUCCAAUUGCUGAAGCAGGAUUCACGAUUACGGGACUCACGCCAACUUACUCGAAUGCAACUGGGGUUCAAACACAGGAACGGAGUUACGUGCUGGUUGGAGGACAUACGCAGACUGCUUUCAUAAACAUGAGCCAGGUUGCAGUCUGGAGUCUACCAGAAGAAGGAUGGAGCUUUAUGAGCGUAGACUCGCCAUCUCCAUCCGCAAGUCCAAAUACUGAAUUGGCCAUCAAGAGUACUGCUACCUCCGUGGAUAGCAGAUCUGGACAUUCCGCCGUGUUAACAGAAGAUGGCUCCAGCAUCAUUGUAUACGGCGGCUGGGUUGGAGACCUCACCCAGGCAGCGGAUCCACAACUUGCAGUCUUGAACCUGGGGACAGGAUAUGGAGGAACAGGAGAUUGGAAAUGGUCGGUUCCCACAAAUCAACCUUCGGAGAAUGGCAUCUAUGGUCAUGGAGCUGUCAUGCUGCCUGGGAACGUAAUGAUGGUGCUCGGAGGAUAUAACAUUUCCACAACGGGAAAUUCGAAACGAGCGACGACAGCAAGUCAAGUCACCUUCUUCAAUGCUACUAGCAUGGAAUGGGUGUCGAACUAUACUAAUCCAUCAUACACGGCUGCGAUAGCUAGUGCAUCUUCCAGCGCUGCAGCAGCAGCAGCGUCGAAGAAGUCAAGCUCAACCAAGCUUGGACUCGGACUUGGGCUUGGACUUGGACUCGCUGCCCUAAUCGCCGCGAUCCUCUGCUGCUUCUGUUGCUUUCGACGAAACAGGCGGAGACGAGAAGCAAGAGAGGAAGGCCUUGGCCGUCUUGAUGCCGGUUCAAGAGAUUUCUAUGGUACACCUAACAGAGAAAUGAGCCAGAGUGGAGGUUUCCCGUGCGGCCCAAUUCAUGACUCCAAUAGUGCUGUAGCUGGAGGUGCUUACACUCAGGCGGCUUUGGAAUACAAUCAAACAGGCCUUGGUCCACCAGCCGUGUUUGGCAGAGCCAAUAGUCUUGGAACGGCUGGUGUAAUCCAUCCAAUCUAUGAAGCAGAUGAAGAUGGUAGUCAGCCUGCGAAUGAAAAUAUCGGCGUUGCACUUGGAGAACCUUCUGUCGGUCCAAGCAGCUCAAGACAAAACCGAUACUCAGAUCCAUUCCGAGAUCCUCCACCAAGCAUCGUCACCAAUGUCCGUCGGGAUAGUUCCGGUCAGACAUCCCUAGAGCCUGAAAGUCCGGCGGAGUCUCGACAACGAGAGAUACAGGAAUGGGUUGCGGACUGGGCCGCAGCGGAUGUUCUGCUCAAUUCUCAGAUACGGCAUUCGCAAGCUGGUCGUGUUUCGCCUACUCGACGAGCACAGCUCAUUGCCGCUAGUCAUGCAACUGCUCAUUCUGUCUCUGGGGAGGAGGAUAGCGGACGAACGGAAAGUAACCUCAGUGAGCGUACGGAACGCAGCCUUGCUAUCUCCAACAUGAGCAUCUCUCGAUCAGGAUCCAGCUCUCAAGGGCGAUCCCGAGCCAAUUCUCUAAGAGGGCUCAUAACGGGCAUCAACCCAUUCAGCUCCGGGGUUGCUUCGACUACAGGACCGAGCACGACUCUGAGCCCAGUCCUCGACGGAGCAGGACCUCAUGGUCCAAGGAACUACCACCCACCACGAAGCGCGGGAACGCAUACAACCUUAAGCUUUCCAGCUCUGCAGGCAGAGGGGGAAAGUCUUCUACCACGACCAGACGAAUUGCCCUCUGAGCAGCCAUCCCCGACUCGAUCACAAGCAGAUUCUGUCGGCAGCCCCUCGAAGUCCAAACCGACAGGCUUAGGCAAAGGUCGAGCCAGCUGGCUUGGCAGCAUCCGUCGAGUCUUCGUGGGUGAUUCUCCAGGAUCCGAAAGUCCAGCCCAUAGUCACAGCAGCAGAGAAAACAGCCCCGCCAGAUACGACUACGCAACAGGAAGCGUGGGUCGGGCACCCAGGAGAACAGUCAGUGCAGGCGCCACCCUCUGGCGCCGCAAACAAGGAAAAGGUGAUUGGGAAGACAGCACUGACCCAGCAGAACGAUCCAACACAUUUACGGGCGAGCUCUCAAGUCCGGGUAUGAGAGGGGGACAUAUCGAUCAAGAUGACUACGAUGAGUGGGAUAUUGAGCGCGCAAUCGAGAAUCGCGUUGUACAGGUUAUGUUUACAGUGCCGAAGGAGAAGUUGCGAGUUGUUAAUCAUGAUGUGAGGGAUGAUUUGAAGGAUUGCUUUAUUCCGCCGCCGGAGACGCUUCCGGCGAUGGAUGGCGUUCCGUUGUUGGAGACUGAGGAGCCUGAGGAUGAUCAUGAGGAAUCUGUUAGCACGGAUGAGAAGGGGAAGGAGAAAGAGCGAGAGGUUGAGAGGGAUAUGAGCAGGACGCCCAGUCCAUCGAGAAGAGCGAAGGGAAAGGUAGCUGAGAUCAUUGAACUGAUGGAAGGGAGAAGCAGUCCCGAGCGUGAACAUUGA